CCAAAGCAACCAAAUAUUUGAAAUAUUAUUUAAAGCAUUGUACUUAGUACACAACAAACACAUCAAUAAUAACAUGAAGGUGUUUUUAUUUCUAAUUGGGACUGCAUAUGUGUUAUUAUUGGCUCGGCCUAACGAUGCCUGUUCACGAACUCCGGAGUGCACAAGUAUUCAUGAUGACGGCGGCACAUAUGAUGAAUUGAGCAGCGCUGGUAAAGCGACACUUUACAAUAACAAAUUGGAUGGCAACAAUUAUAUUGUAGUUCUUAAGGAUGACCAGGAUACAGAGGCUAUGAGGACAAAAAUUGACAGCGUAAGAUCUUUUGGAAAAGGACGUAUUGCACAAAGCAAAGCAAUCAACGGGCCUUUAAAUGGCAUAAAAGCAGUCGUAAGUGAUCUGGAUAAAGAAGAACUAGAUCAGAUUCUUGAAAUGAAGGGUGUAAAGUAUGUCGAAAAAAAUGCGAUAUGUGAACCGUCUGCGUACACCGAUGUUUGGGGAUUAGAUCGUAUUGACCAGCGGAACCUUCCACUUGAUUCAGAAUAUUCAUCAACGGGAAAAGGUUCCGGUGUUAUCGUGUACGUCGUCGAUUCUGGCGUCAAUACUAGACACUCAAAUUUUGAUGGAAGAGCAGAGAACUGGCACGAAGUUGUUAGUGACAUUGGGCAGGAUUGCAUGGGACACGGUACCCACGUUGCCGGUACGAUUGCUGCAAGAACUUACGGGGUUGCCCAGGGAGUGUAUAUACGCAGUGUACGCGUAUUUGGGUGCCCUGACAAAAAUUCAACAGCAGGCGAUCUCGUAGAAGCAAUUAAUUAUAUUCUCGACUAUGGGUACGGAGGUAGUGUUGUAUCCAUGUCUCUUGGAUAUAAUACGAGUUGCAAAGUGAUUGAUGAUGCUGUAAAGAAGUUGAUUCUAAAUGGCUUCGUCGUAGUAGUCGCAGCUGGAAACAGUAAUAUCGAUGCUUGUACCAGGUCACCUAGUAGAGUGACUGAGGCAAUUACUGUCGGGGCAACAGAUAUAAACGAUAAACGAGCGUCAUUUUCAAAUUAUGGAUCCGGCGUAGAUAUUUUCGCACCAGGAGUGGAUAUUAUUUCCCUGGAUAAUGCAACAAAUACCGAAACAACAAUUAAGAGUGGUACGUCCAUGGCCACACCUCAUGUUUCAGGAGUGGCUGCGAUAUUGAGAUCUCGUGGAGUACCUGCUAGUGAAAUUCGUCAAAAGAUAUUUGACCUAUCGACUAAAGAUGUUGUUAAAGACCCUAAGGGAUCCCACAACCGUCUGCUCUUCAUCGACUAAUCAUGUCAUCUGGAUCGAGUAAAUCUAUUGUGACAACUCCAU